AUGAAUACCAUUCUCUACCUUUUUCUAGCAGCAAUCAUCAAUGCCAAUGCACAGACAGCUCUUCCAGCAACUAACGGUCUUCCUUCUCCUCCAGCGAGUGUGGUACCAUCGGCACCAGCGCCCCUUGGAAACACGGCACUUUGGGAACAAGCGAUUACAUUAGAUUCUGCGAACAACAUCACCGGCAAUCAUGCUAACCAAUACUUCUACUCGUCGGUCGCAUGGUGGCAGUCUCUCGAGAACAGCAGCAACAACUAUUUCUCGGGAUCGCCGAGCUCUGUUGACGCAGGAACACACUUUUCUCAACUCCUACAGAUCAUACAAAAUUACCCGAUCCGCUACGAUCAAGCGCAGGCUUCAGAUCCCAAACAAACCCCAAUCACUAUCAUGCAAAUUCCUGAACAAACAAUCAAAUCCUUCGGUGCAUCAGGCGCAUGGUGGCCUAAUGAUCUCAACUACUUUCCCUCCGAGCAACAGCAAAAUCUAUCGGAGCUACUCUUCUCGAAGGAUUGGCUCCAUCUAAGCGGCUACCGAUACAACAUGGGCGCCAGUGGAGAUCACGAUAUUGUCACUGUAAAGACUGACGGUGCUCCCGUAAAUCGAGGAGUCGAGUCCUUUAUGAAAACCGACGGGACUUAUGACUGGACUCGUGAUGGCCCAGGAAUGUACUAUUUGCGUGCGGCAGAAGCUGCAAAUGUGUCAUCCAUCACAUUCUUCGUCAACGCAGCGCCUUCUGGCUUGAACGCCACCACCGCGUCUUCAGCGCCCUGUGGUGGGACUUUGGAAGCGACUGCAAUACCAGCGUUUGUCACCUACAUUGAAACAGUGUUGGCCUAUUGGGCUGAGCAAGGCAUCACCAUUGAAUACAUUUCCCCCAUGAACGAGCCCGAUGACUCGUUCUCCAGUUGCGGCCAGGAAGGCAUGGCUGUACCUCAGAGCAUUCGCACCGCUGUAUUUCAACAGCUCCGAGCCGCUUCAUCAGCUUCAACCUCAGCCGGCGUAAAAGCCGUGAAGAUCAUGGGCGACGAGACGAGUCAGAUUGCCAGCCAGGCGCUGAUGCACUAUGGGAACUGGUUGCCGGAGACUCUUACGGGCCAGUACAUUGAUGCAAUUGCGGUGCAUAUGUACGAUUGGCCAGAUGAUGCGACGCUCUUGAACUAUAGGCAGCUUGUCAAAAACUCCUCGGUAUCAGGCUUUCCACCACCAGUCAAGAUGACGGAAAUCUCAUCGUUUCAAUCGGCAUCGGGUAUGCGCAGUGAAUGGGGAUGGACUGGGCCUUCGGUCAUGAGCGCGCAGUACGAUCCCACAAUGUCCAGUGCGCUCGACAUGGCACGCAUGAUCUGGCAGUGGUUGACCCUCGUCAAUGCCGAGUCUUUCGAUUGGUGGACAGCCGUAAGCACCAUGAUUCCCUGCUCUCCGAGUACUGAUGCCAGUUGCGCAACCACUAUUCAGAACGGCAGCGGCUGGAAUGAUGCCCUCAUCUACAUUGACGCAAAUUAUCAAACCACGAAAGACUACAGUUUCUACCUGACAAAGCGCUUCUGGGUCUUCCGCCACUUCACACAGUUCAUCCGCCCGGGCUCUGUACGCUACGACAUCCCCAACGAGGUGCUGCCAUACGGUACCGUGGCUGUAGCAUCAUUGGGUACGAAUAAUGUGUGGCAAGCGACCUUUAUCAAUCGCAACAAUACCGCUCAAGUCGUCACGAUGAAUUUACCUGGAACAGGAGGAAGGAUUCAAAGGUUGAUACAAACGACUGACGAUGUAGAUUGGGGCGAUUUGGAAUGGCCAAAAGUGGCUUCGAAUAACGACAUCUCGUUAACGCUGCCGGCGCGUGGGGUGUUGACGGUGCAGUUCAGUGUCUCGGGACCGCUGAGUGGCAGGCAUCCUGAGGGUGAUGGUGGAAGUGUGGAGUAUCAUGAUCAUCAUCGGCCUACACAGCCGCGACAUUGGAGCCAGAAAGGGCGUGGUUAA